CUCUUUGGUAAAACCACACUUCCCAACCUAACGAGCACCGGCCUUAUUGAAGUAUCCACAUUUCUCGAGGUUCAAGUCAAGAUGACGGAAAACCAAUUGCAGAACCUUAGGAAGAGAAUAGGCCCUCAUCCAAAUCUAGAUCAGAAUGGACGGUUGCUGCAUCUCAUCAACCCAAUUGGUGCCUUCAACGAGUGGGUCGUGUUGACUUAUAACCUGCAGGUCCUGGGAGACCAGAUAAAGGAGAACUCCAAGCUGCGUGAGAAGCUAGACGACGUGGUGGAUAACUAUGUCAAGCAACUGGAGACUUCAUGCAAAAUAAGGCCGGAAGGUCCCGCGGCAUAUCCUAUUCCAACCGUCCAUGGCACUGUAAGUCCCUACCCUAGCGACGCCAUGCCGUACUGGGUUGCAAUGAUGAAUCAAAGGCUGGAAGAUCUGGAGAAAAGAUUCAGGAAAAUGGAAGACCUCGUGAUGGAAAAUCCCGGAGCAUAACAUUGCUAACGGACACGUGGAUCCAGUCAAUACUAUAAACACCGUACAUCAUAUCGAGUUCAAGUUCCGUGUCAC